AUGCAGGGAUGCGGUGUCGAAUCUGGCCCACUUGGUGGGCAUCCAGGCUGCGGCGGAGGAUACACGCCUAGCUGCAGCUCUGGCGGGGGCCAAGGCGCUUGCAACGCGUGCGGUAGCGGCGGUGGCUAUGGCGCUUGUACCAGUGGCUGCGGCGGUUGCUGCGGCGGUGGCUGCGGCGGCUGCUGUGGCGGCUGCUGUGGCGGCUGCGGUGCCUGCGGCUGCGGUGCCUGUGGCGGCUGCGGGUGCGGCUAUGGCGGCUGCGGCGGCGGCUGCGGCGGCUGCGGCUGCCGAGGUUGCGGCUGUGGAGGUUGCGGCUGCGGAUGCGGUGCGUGCGGCUGCAACGGCAGCGCAGGCGGAAGAGGUGGCUGCAACUUGCCGAGCGCAUUUCUGGCGGGCGCCUUCAAAACAUCGCCGAAGCCCGCGCCGCCAGGGCCCUUGGGCGUGCCUCCGGGCGCCGGUUCUGUGGCGAACAAGGCCAAGGCAAAGGAGGAUCUGCCGACGAGCUCCGAGGUCAAAGUCUGCGAGAAGACGGAUGACGGGCAAGUCCUGAGCUUGGACGAGAUGAUCAAGCGCGCAGGGGAGAAGGUGAAGAAAGCCGGCGGCUUGCAGGCCAUCGGCUACGGGGCCACCAGAGGUCGACCCUACCAGCCGGGGAGGCCAUCUACUCACGAUGUGAUCGCGCAUCCCUACAAGAAGCCGGAGAAGGAGGAGGACGAGGGCGCUGGCGCGAACGCGAGCGGCGAAGGCCGCUACAGCGGAGGCAUGGGCAGCAUGGGCCAGCUCUACUGA